AGGUAUUUUCAUCAUUGUGCUGCUAGUCCUCGUGAGGUUAAUAUAUAGGUUCCCUGAGGCACUUAUACUCACUAACAUAACGAGACCGUCCGCAGUAACGACGUAUAGAAGUAUUGAGCUACGGUACGAGUGAGGAAAAUAUCUAAACUUGUUCGUACCACAACAUCCCAGCAAUAUGCCCAUCGAGUUAGAAGCUGCUGUCGUCAAGACUCCGUCUGGUUUUCUUAAGAUCUGUGAAAUGGCACUGACCAUCAUAGCCCUGAGUGUCUCUCAGGGAACCGAGAACUUCAGCUUCGGAGACGAAUCUCGCACGUUCUUUUGUGGGGGAGUUCUGCUGUUGUCCAUAGUUGUCACUCCACUGUUGUUUUACACCUACAUCAGAGGCUCGGCUAAGGACAUACAGAAGACACCAUUUGAACUCCAAGUAAAUCUGACCCAGGCAAUUCUGAUGAUAGCAGCAGGAAGUGUAGUCAUCAACACCUACUGCACUUCACCCGGGCAAAACCUAACUUUUGCAGAUUCUGGUAAAACUGCAGGUUCUCUCUGUAUCAUAAAUGGAGUGAUAUAUGGUGCUGACACCUUCUUUGCUUACCAGAAUAUUAAGUAAAGAUUUAGGUAAUUAUUGCUAUCUGUACAGCUCUUCAUAUACACUACUGUAUACUGUACAUAAGUACUGUACUGUAUAUUAUUUUUUGUGAAAACCAAGAUAGAUAACAUCUUUGUAAGAGGUAAGAUUUUUCCCUCACUAAUAUGACACAUAUAGGUCAGUUAUCAGUUUUAUUUAGUAGCACUGUACCUCAUAUAAUGAAGUACAGUACAAUCUACACUCUCUCCAGCCUUUCAUAAUUAAAAACAUAUUUUCUGGUCCAUGAGAUACAACUGUAAGGUUGUUGCUAAAGUGUGUACUGUACUGCACUAUGUUAUGUAAGUCAUUUAUGAAAAUGAAAUGACGACUGUGUUCCAGAAUUUGAAUAUUAUUUUCUAAUGCAUCUCAACUACAUACCAAUCAAAAGCAUUUAAAUGCAAUAUUUGUUAAUCUUUUAAACCUAAAAAAUGAACUUAGAAUCCAGACUGCAGUGUAGUGCAAAAACUGCACUGCACUUGCAAAUCUAAAGAAUUCAUCAUGUAGAUAAUCCUGACAUGAAAAACUCGCGGAUUUUGCUUUCUCGUGGGGUCCAUUUUACCUAACCCCAGCGAGCUUUAAGGGAAUACUGUAGCUAUAAUUUUCUAAAAUUCAAAGUACAAAAGUCUAUAUAAAGGAUAAUCAACAUGUAGAUAAUUCUAAUACAACUAUAAAUGAACAGCAUCACUACUAACCUAACUAAAAUGACAAUAAAUGACAUCUUAUAUAAUGAAGGAAACAGGACAGCAGAUGGUAUAUGAAGGAAACAGGACAGCAGAUGAUAUAUGAAGGAAACAAGACAGUAGAAGUUAAGUGAAGGAAACUGGCAAUUCACACACACAGAGUCAAAACUCUCAAUCUUCUCCUUACCAGAUACUGUUGUCUAAAUAACACUUUUGUUUUUGGUCUUUGUAAAGCAGUUUUAGCAGAGCCUUUUGCAUGGUAUCACCCAACACCUGGUGACACACUGGUGGCUGCACAGGAAGUUAUCUGUAAACUAACUGAUGUAUUUCCUUGUAUCUACUUGGCCCUAUCAUUAUAUAUAC